AGUCUGGGUGCCUGGCCGCCGCGGCAGCAGUCUCCGCCGAGAGGGACCGGGCCGCCUUGGCCCCUCCGCUUGCCGUCUUUUCCGGCAGUUGGGGCGCUUCCUGUUGUUCGCACCCGUAACCGCCCCUCGGCCCCUACCUCAGAGCCCCUCAGGCGUCCCGUCCCCUCCUCUGGUCGGCUGGCUGCUGGUGCUGGGGUUUCGCUUCUCCUCACGUCGAGACCGCUGGCCCGGCCGGCGUUUGUGGUUGUCGGCCGCCCGCAGCCCUGCCUCCUCUGGGGCUCUGCCAUGGCAAUGACAGGCUCAACACCUUGCUCGGCCAUGAGUAAUCACACAAAGGAAAGGGUGACAAUGACCAAAGUGACACUGGAGAAUUUUUAUAGCAACCUUAUCGCUCAACAUGAAGAACGAGAAAUGAGACAAAAGAAGUUAGAAAAAGUGAUGGAAGAAGAAGGCCUAAAAGAUGAAGAGAAACGACUCAGGAGAUCAGCACAUGCUCGGAAGGAAACAGAGUUUCUUCGUUUGAAGAGAACAAGACUUGGAUUGGAAGAUUUUGAGUCCUUAAAAGUAAUAGGCAGAGGAGCAUUUGGUGAGGUGCGGCUUGUUCAGAAGAAAGAUACAGGGCAUGUGUAUGCAAUGAAAAUACUCCGUAAAGCAGAUAUGCUUGAAAAAGAACAGGUUGGCCACAUUCGUGCGGAGCGUGACAUUCUAGUGGAGGCAGACAGUUUGUGGGUUGUGAAAAUGUUCUAUAGUUUUCAGGAUAAGCUAAACCUCUACCUAAUCAUGGAGUUCCUGCCUGGAGGGGACAUGAUGACCCUGCUGAUGAAGAAAGACACACUGACAGAAGAGGAGACUCAGUUUUAUGCAGCAGAGACAGUAUUAGCCAUAGACUCCAUCCACCAACUCGGAUUCAUCCACAGAGACAUCAAACCAGACAACCUUCUCCUGGACAGCAAGGGCCACGUGAAACUUUCUGACUUUGGCCUUUGCACAGGACUGAAAAAAGCACAUAGGACAGAAUUUUAUAGGAAUCUGAACCACAGCCUCCCCAGUGAUUUCACUUUUCAGAACAUGAAUUCCAAAAGGAAAGCAGAAACCUGGAAAAGAAACAGACGUCAGCUAGCCUUCUCCACAGUAGGCACUCCUGACUACAUUGCUCCUGAGGUGUUCAUGCAGACCGGGUACAACAAGCUCUGUGAUUGGUGGUCGCUGGGGGUGAUCAUGUAUGAAAUGCUCAUUGGCUACCCACCUUUCUGUUCUGAGACCCCUCAAGAGACAUAUAAGAAGGUGAUGAACUGGAAAGAAACUUUGACUUUUCCUCCAGAAGUUCCUAUUUCUGAGAAAGCCAAGGAUCUAAUUUUGAGAUUCUGCUGUGAAUGGGAACAUAGAAUUGGAGCCCCUGGAGUUGAGGAAAUCAAAAGUAACUCUUUUUUUGAAGGUGUUGACUGGGAACAUAUCAGAGAGAGGCCUGCUGCAAUAUCUAUUGAAAUCAAAAGCAUUGAUGAUACCUCAAACUUCGAUGAGUUUCCAGAAUCUGAUAUUCUUAAGCCAACAGUGGCAACAAGUAAUCACCCUGACACUGACUACAAGAACAAAGACUGGGUCUUCGUCAAUUACACAUACAAGCGCUUUGAGGGUCUGACUGCGCGGGGGGCAAUACCUUCCUACAUGAAAGCAGCAAAGUAGUUUCCUUGAAAUGGGAUCCUAAAUCGAGCAGUUCUUUGUACAACAUCAUGGUUUUCUUCUCACAUAACUGUUUUGAAAGAGCUUCGAAGAAGUUUAUGGAACCUACCAACGUGUCAUGGUGAACUCCUGAAAUGUGAUAGUAAGUGGAUUCUCUUCCAUAAUGCAUCUGAUGACCUGUAGAACAAAGACAACCAUUUUUACUACAUCAGCCAUUAACGGCUGUCCUGCUUCUUUAGAAGCAUCAUGAGCCAAUUUGAUGUUUUAAAAAAACUUGAGUUUUCCUAAGUUCAUCAGAAUGAAGGGGAAAAAACAGCCAUCAUCCAACAUUGAGAUUGUAACAUAUACUUACUGAGUAUCAGCCAAUUCCUGUGAUUUUGUGACAUAUGCUUGCUACCAAGCCCACCAAGUAUUUUUUUUUCUUUACAGCUAAAAGUUCCAUAGUACUAAGGAAAUAAAGCAAUAAAGAAAGCUUCAGUAGCCAGCAUUCUGGCUGAAGGAAAUGAUCCACCAUUCUGAGUGGGUGAUGGUGGUAGUUUCUCCCCAAACCUCAGCCUUGGGCAAGUAGCUUUUUAUAGCCUCCAUUCAUGGUGCACUUUAUUUAUGGUACUAGGAUAAAGACCCUCAGUCCAUUUUGAUUUCCUUCUACCCAUCUGAAAUACUCACGCUGCUUUUCUGAGUGUUGAUGGGAAGAUACCAGCUUGAUCCUUUGUUGCUCUUAGAAGGCCCAAAAAGCCACUGGGCAUUGCCAAGGAGUCCUGGAUCACGUGGAAAAUCCUCACUUUCUCUUCACGGCUGUAUUAGAAAAUCCCUUUGGAUGUUGCCGUGGACUAGCAAUACCCACAAGUGCUGCCAAAAGGACCUCGGUUUAUUCCUGGGAACACAGCAAGGAGAGCCCAGGCAGAAGCAGGAGGCCUCGAACCCUCUUGGCUAAGGUGCUGCUCCUGCUCCGUGUCCAGACCUCCCUGCAAGUGGUGAAGGAACGAGCCCAAUACAAAGUGCAGAGCCAGCCUGCAAAUCCGUGCGAAGUUCACGCCUCAAUCUUUGGUGCAACUGUAUUUGUAUCCUCUUAGUAUUUCUCCUCUCCCAACUUUAAGUAACCAUUUUGCCUUGGAAUCAUGAUUACAAAUUUUUCCUUUGCAGAUGCCUUCCUGGGGGAUGGUCCUCUUCACCCUAAAGGGUCACGUGCAGGCCUGGGCUGACCAGGCCUCUCUGCUGUGGUGCUCUCUAGAGAGACCCUCUGAAUUUUAGCACAAAGUGCCUUUUCUUUCACAGCUGCCACCGCCUUUAGAGGACUUUCGCUGCAUCAGAAAAAUGUGGAGGCUCCAUAUUAAUGCAUUAUUACUUUUAAAAAUUUUGAUAACUCUUAAAGCAUCAUUUGCACCUAUGUGGUAACUUUGCCUGUUGCAGAGUGUCAUAGCCAAGCCACAGCUGGGAGACUGCUUUCUGCCAGUCUUGAGGUUGUUAACAUCAGCUAUGAAAGGAAAGUAUGUCCUAGCUUAGCCAUUCAGAAAAGAAAAAUGGGACUAUCAGAGUUACAGUAGUAAGUGAAACUGCUUUGGGUUUUAAUGUCUUAGAGGAAGAAAAAAGAAUAUUAGGGAAAUAUUAACUCUGGAUGAAGGUAAUGUGUUUCCCCUUAUUCUUUCAUUCAUGGUUUGCUAGUGAAAAGGAAGUGAGAUUCUUUUGUGUAACUUUGUAGCUUCUUUGGAUUCCCAAAUAGUUGGGGUCUUGACCCCUAUGUGUUUUGCAAGAGUAUGUGGUAAGCAUGGACAAUGAGAGGUAAUGGGAGGGUGGUAGGUAGUCUGUGUGUUGGGGAGUGGCAGGGGAUAAUUUGUUUUUGGGGGGGAAUGCCCACAUUUUAACUUUUAAAUGUCUGAAUAAACUGUGUGAAAACAA